GACCUCUCUCCCAGUAUUCCAUAGUACCUUUCCCUCUUCCUCGACCACUGCCAAUACAGAGGGCUCCCAGGUCCCCACUACAAAGGGCAAUGUGACCACUCUCCCAGUAUCACAUAGUACCUUUCCCUCUUCCUCGACCACUGCCAAUACAGGGGGCUCCCAGGUCCCCACUACAAAGGGCAAUGUGACCGUUCUCCCAGUAUCACAUAGUACCUUGCCCUCUUCCUCGACCACCGCCAAUACAGAGGGCUCCCAGGUCCCCACUACACAGGGCAAUGUUACCUCUCUCCCAGCAUUCCAUAGUACCUUGCCCUCUUCCUCGACCACCGCCAAUACAGAGGGUUCCCAGGUCCCUACUAUGAACGGCAAUGUGACCUCUCUCCCAGUAUCACAUAGUACCUUGCCCUCUUCCUCGACCACCGCCAAUACAGAGGGCUCCCAGGUCGCCACAACAAUGGGCCCUGAGACCUCUCUCCCAGUAUUCCAUAGUACCUUUCCCUCUUCCUCGACCACUGCCAAUACAGAGGGCUCCCAGGUCCCCACUACAAAGGGCAAUGUGACCACUCUCCCAGUAUCACAUAGUACCUUGCCCUCUUCCUCGACCACCGCCAAUACAGAGGGCUCCCAGGUCCCCUCUACAAAGGGCAAUGUGACCUCUCUCCCAGUAUUCCAUAGUACCUUGCCCUCUUCCUCGACUACCGCCAAUACAGAGGGCUCCCAGGUCCCCACAACAAAGGGCCCUGAGACCUCUCUCCCAGUAUUCCAUAGUACCUUUCCCUCUUCCUCAACCACUGCCAAUACAGAGGGCUCCCAGGUCCCCACUACAAAGGGCAAUGUGACCGUUCUCCCAGUAUCACAUAGUACCUUGCCCUCUUCCUCGACCACCGCCAAUACAGAGGGCUCCCAGGUCCCCACUACAAAGGGCAAUGUUACCUCUCUCCCAGCAUUCCAUAGUACCUUGCCCUCUUCCUCAACCACAGCCAAUACAGAGGGUUCCCAGGUCCCUACUAUGAACGGCAAUGUGACCUCUCUCCCAGUAUCACAUAGUACCUUGCCCUCUUCCUCUACCACCGCCAAUACAGAGGGCUCCCAGGUCCCCACAACCAAGGGCCCUGAGACCUCUCUCCCAGUAUCACAUAGUACCUUGCCCUCUUCCUCAACCAGCACCAAUACAGAGGGCUCCCAGACCCCUACUACAAAUGGCGCUGUGACCUCUCUCCCAAUGACAGAUAGCACCCCGUCCUCAACCCCCACCGCUACCAUUACAGGGAGCCCUCAUACAGACAAAACCACUGGAACAGAGGGGACUACCGAUUCUACAACCCCAACUGUCACUCCAGCCUCGCCCCCCACCUCCAGCCCACCCUCUCCAGGCUCAACCCAAACCCCAGUUAGCAGCACUGCUGUCCCCAUAGAUACCUCCACCACCACCCCUGCCCCCUCACCCACCAUCACACCUACAGGAGAAACUCCUGGACAACCAACUAGCAAAACUAGUGAGAGCCCACUUCCUCCUUUCCACACCUCCACCUCCCCUAUUGGUGGAAGCACCAUCCAGCCAGAGUCAGCCAUCACUGCUGCCACAUCCCUGCCUCCACCCAUCUCCAUAGUGUGUCCCUCCACUCCCUGUCCAUACAAUAGCAUCUGUCUCAGUGGCACCUGCCAGUGUGUGUCUGGGACCUUCCUCUUUGAGGGCAGCUGUGUACCAGCCCAAGUGUUCUCUGGAGACCUGCAUCUCCACAAAAUAUUUCAGGAUGAAAUGAGAAACCGGUCAUCAGUGAUAUUUCAGCAAACAGCAGCCAUGAUCUCAGAGGCACUGAGAGGAGCCUUGGAAAACAUGUCUGGAUACAACCAAACUGAUGUUGUGCUGCUUAAGCAAGGCAGUGUGAUAGCGACCGUGAACAACGUGUUUAAUCUAGGUUCCAGUGCCACCCAGACUUCGACCGAUGCCGCUAUAGAGAAAGCCAUACAAGUAUGUGGGACGACCUGUGGGUCUAUACUGGAAAGAGCUAAAUUUAACGCCACCAACCUAUGUGAUCAGAUCCCCCUACCAUGUGAUCUCCCCUCUACUACUUGUGAGUACAAAGAAGAUGGAGUGACCAGAUGCUUCUGUAAGGCUGGCUACAUCAACAGCCUCUACUCAAACCGCAGCUGCACAGCCUGUCCCAGUGGUCAAAGGGCAGAGGGAGGCACAUGUGUGCCAUGCCCGUUUGGCUGCGCUGGAUUCAACUGCACUGACUCGGCUCUGUUGGCAGUGGUGGUCAUCACCUGUGUACUGGGGGGAGUCCUUCUCAUCAUGCUGCUGGCCCUGUUUGCAUACUACUGCUGGUACCAGUCGCAGUCGGUGAAGAAGCCUUCAGCAGACUUCAGCAGCCCGUACCCUGUGGAGGACUUCCAGGGCCCCUGGUCCACCACCCAAGGCAUCACCCCAAUCCCCCGGGCCAGCACCAACUGGGACUCGGCCCCCAUGGAGAUGACCGAGGGGGGUGGAACACACACCCUGGUCAACAAGAAGCCCCACACCAACGGAGCGGGAUUCCACAUUAUGCCUAAACGGGGGAAGAAGACCGGGUCGUAUGACCUGACCUCAGACAGCAUGAACACGUUCAAGGGGAAGAACCAGUCUCGCUACUCCUACCUGGUGCAGGGCCACGAGAACCCUUACUUCAUACCUGCAGAAGAGAGGAGACCCGAAUGAGAACCUCAGUGAUGUCUGGAGACAAGGACCUCUAUUGACAAAGCGUCUUAAAGCAGAAAUGCUGAUCUAGGAUCAUUUUUGCCUUUUUAAAUCAUAAUUACUAAAAAGGGGAGACCUGAUCCUAGAUCAACACUCCUACUCUGAGAUGCUUUGUGAAUAUUUGCCAUUGAGAGGAGAGAAGGAUGGGUUAGAGAGAGGAGGGAAGGCUACAGGGAAGGUGGGGGGUAUCUCACAAAAAUAGCUAAAGAUCAAAUUGAGAAGUCACUGACUUCUAGUAACACUGGGUAUAGGUACAUCCUCUCACUGUAUUUGUGUUGAACUGUGUAUAACUCUGUGUAUACCUCAGGAUGUUCUGGUAGAUGCCCUAUACUGUAUAGGGCAUCUGGAGUAAUUAAUGGUUUACAGUCAUUCAAGGACUGGAGUCAUUUAUGGUUUAACGACACAACUACAAGGGACUUGACAGCAGGGUUUUAAAUAUGUUCUUCUUAAAUCCAGUCUCAAAAUCAGCUUUAUGAUUCAAAACGAUCUGGGGUCAAACAAUCACGGACUUCACAGGGAUUCACUUCAAUAACUGACACCACCAAAGAGGAUAUUGUUCACUAUAAAUUAAUGGUUUACGUUUGAAAUGUUCAGUUCAUCUGAUCAUAGUCUUUAUUCUGUUCUACAUUACAAACAGAGGAUUCUGAACAAGAUUUGUAAAAAUAUAUAUAAUAUUAUGUUUUAUUUGUGUCUAUUAGGCUGCGUUUAGACAGGCAGCCCAAAUUCUAAUUUUCUCACUAAUUGGUCUUUUGAAAAACAUCUGAUGUGAAAAGAUCUGAUGUGGUUGGUCAAAAGACCGAUUAGUGGGAAAAAAAAGGUCAGAAUUGGACUGCCUUAAACGCAGCCUUAUUGAAUGAAGAGUGAGCUGAGUAUAGCUCGUCAUAGCCAGUAGAUGCCGCCAUUGUUCAGGGUCAAGCUUUUCAUGUUCUUUUUUUCUGCAGUAUGCCGGUACAGUUAGUUACCUGUAUUUCUAUGUCUUAUUGAAGAGAUUACUGAUAUAUUUUAUUGAAGAUUGGUCAUUCUGCAUUGUAGUGUCUGCGCUCUCACAAUCACCAUAUUAUUUCAAAAUGAUUAAUCUCUUGCUAAUUGCACUAAAUUAUAUAUUGCGUUUCACUACAUGUUAUUUGUUUGGGUGGGGGAAAUCAUAGACAUAUUGUCAGUGAGAGCAAAUUUAUUUUUGUAUUUUUACUUAAGGAUUGAUUGUGUUUUGAUGAGGAGAGCUGUGUGUGUGAAUGGUUGAAGGAGCUGGAUCCCUAGUUCAGGGGUUUAUACACAAAAGGGAUAUUUUGUAUUAGUCUGGUCUGGAGCUGAGUAGACCUACUCUACAGUCUAUUAGUCUGGCCUGGAGCUGAGUAGACCUACUCUACAGUCUAUUAGUCUGGCCUGGAGCUGAGUAGACCUACUCUACAGUCUAUUAGUCUGGCCUGGAGCUGAGUAGACCUACUCUACAGUCUAUUAGUCUGGCCUGGAGCUGAGUAGACCUACUCUACAGUCUAUUAGUCUGGCCUGGAGCUGAGUAGACCUACACUACAGUCUAUUAGUCUGGCCUGGAGCUGAGUAGACCUACACUACAGUCUAUUAGUCUGGCCUGGAGCUGAGUAGACCUACACUACAGUCUAUUAGUCUGGCCUGGAGCUGAGUAGACCUACUCUACAGUCUAUUAGUCUGGCCUGGAGCUGAGUAGACCUACUCUACAGUCUAUUAGUCUGGCCUGGAGCUGAGUAGGCCUACAUUCUCUGUUAUUAGUAGUUUCCCUGCUGAAGCUGUCUGCAUCUGCAAAUGUGCCUAUUUUCGAUUGGUCUGUUUGAAGAAUAGAUAAAUUAUGCAAAAAAAGCUCUUGACAAAGCUUGUUCUCUGAUGUGAAUUACCAUAUCUAUACACUUCCGCAAAAAUGUUAUGUUUCUGGAAGUCUUUCAUGUGUCUGUGUGUAUUUGUGAGUACGUGUGUCUUGGAGACAGUGCACUAUUUUCUAAAUGUAUAUACAACUUUUGUAAAUGAAAUGUCUUACUGCAGAGAAUGAUGGAAGUGCGAUGAAAAUAAAUAAAUACAUUUAAACACAA